CGCUCGAAUUUCACAGCACUGCCAAGCGCCGUUACCUGAACUUGGCGUCGAAAAAAAUUUCAGCGGCUAAAGCUAUUCGACAAGCAGGGAUUUUCGUGAAAAUCAAUAUAUUUGUUUGUUCAUAAUAUAACCAUCAGAAUAAUAACCAUGCCCUUCGAGAGCAAGGGAACCGAUUCGGGAUCCAUAGCCGCACGCCUCCGCCAACGCUAUUUGAAUCUUUCGUCGCCAUUCCUGAAGGAUGUAACCCUUAAGAAAUCGCCGCCGUCGAAACUAUUCCAGUCCGUGGCGCCUACCGAAAUGGAAGGCGACGAGCAGGCGUACCGCGAAUUCGAGCGUGGACUCGACAUUUCCAGCUUAGAUCCGGAGCACCCGGAGCAGCCUAAGCUCAAGUACGAGCUUGCAGAGGAUUACAAGAGCUCCAAGCACUGCAUCUGCUUGCGCUCGAGCACCGCAUACGAGUGCGAUCGAUGCCACCAGUACUUCUACGGCCGUCUCUCAGAGAUUUGUGAGGAGCACCCACAGGAGUUUUAUCUUAUGGAUAAGCGCGGCUGUCCAUUCUGCAAUGCCCCUCUUGAGCUGAUUAAGAAGUCACCUAUCAGCAGGGAGACCAUACUUAAGAUUGAAGAAGCCGAAUUGCCCAGUGAUGAAGAUCUAUGAUUGAGAGUUUGAGACUCAACGCAUGUUACCUUAAAUACAAUGUUAAAUGUCGAACCAACUGUAA